AUGGAUAUGGGUGUUUUGAAGGAAACGAUCACAGCACCAGGAGCAGAAGCCAGAAAGGACAGUCGCAUCAUUCCUCUCUUCACAAAGAUUGUGGUGACUAUCGAUGCUGAUGUCAAGAGUCUUCCUAUUACCUCAUGCCCUCCCUCUCAUCAUCAGAUAUGGGAUCCUCUGAGGCUAACUGCAGUUAUGGUGCAUCUGCGACGAGUACGUGCACGGCCGUUUUCUUACCGCACCCUAUCCUCUCCGGGUCACCAGCCCAUAGGCGGUCCAGGAUUCGCUACACGCCUCAGGGAGGAGAUCAGCACAAAUCACCGAACAAUGCUACCAAACGAGCACUUCCAAAAGUUGCUCUAUGAUUUGUUCUGUUUAUGGCAUGGCGUACAACGUCAUUAUGAUCCGCCGUUUACGGACACUGAAGAGCAACGCUUGGCUAAGGUGAAAACCAUGAUCUGCAAAUUGCUCACGGAAAUCGAUGGACGUGUGUUACGUAUACAACAGAAUCAGACUGGUGGAAUGAAGGGACAGGAUUUUUACGAAGAAUGGACGAUGUUAACGUGGAAUGUGCUAUGUAUCACCAGUCGACUGCAAAAUAAUCUCAGCGCGCAGAAUGUUGUCUCUAAUGACGAUAAAGUGAUCUAUCAACGCCUGAAUCAGGCUCUUGUGGAGCUUGUCAACUAUUCCAAUGUGAAUAUGCCCUUUAUGGGAUACUACCAAGACACCGAUUUCGAGGUUUUACGACAAAACACAGAACGAACUCUACAAGAGUUGUACAUGUUGACAAGGCGACUUGCUUUGACUUCGUUCCUAAACCAAGCCGAAGUGGAAGGUUUCCGUAUCGCAUGCCUUCAAUUCGGAGAACAGUUUCUAGUGCCGUGUAUCGAUCAUUUGAAGGUGUUUUGCAACACAUACAGCGUAGCGAGGUGGCGUGAUGUGAGAGCGGCUCAAAUCGCUCGUAUGAGGGAUCAGAGCACUCAGCUGGAUGAUGCAGUUACGAACCUCGUCGCUUUCUACUCGAUUAUGAUGUACAUUUUGGCUGUUCUAGCGGCACGAUUGCAGGGUCUUCGCUAUGAGAUUACGAUUGUGAAGAAAGUUUACGCUCUUGAUGAGCACGUAAAGGCAUUGUCACAAGCGGUGUUCGGAGCGCUGGAGCUGUUGAUGAGUGACUGCGUUCUGGCCACAGAACCGUCUACAACUGCAAUUCUCGUCACUAACAACUUGUUCAGCAUGAAUUGUGGUGCUUUGGCAAGAGGAGUCGCUUUUAAGGACUUCGAGAUACAGGUGGUAUCGGAAGAGACUGCCGAGCACAUCCAGUCUGAAAUGAACCGCGCUCGUCUAUUACAACAACCUAAUCAGAUCUCGCAGCCACCGUCAGCAGCUCUCCUUGCCAUGAAACCCACAUCCGGGACAAAACGAAGUAAUGCCGUCAGCAAUGGUGAGCGUGGCUUCGUUGAUUCGGCCGGUAGCACGGCUCAUAAGAAGAGCGACGUGAAUAGCAAAGAACACGUCAUUAUCUAUCCUGUGUACAAUGCUAAGUACAGGUACUGGCAAGCCACUUAUCCGCACUUGCUGUGCACAACUCGGCAGAAGGGCAGACAGUCGACGCACAAUUCUUUCCAAGAUCUUUCACCUUCGAAUGCCUCAAGCGAUAAGUCUAACGGAAAACGACCAAUCUUCUACUUCCAUAUCAAGGCGACCAUGUUCAGUCCUUCUGGAAGUUUCGCAACUGCUCACAACCUAUCGCUUCCGUUUACGAUUGCAACAAGAAGAAACCAGGAUUGUCAGGUCCAGAGAAUGAUGUCAUCUUACACUGCCACCAUUUUCUGGCUUUACGGUUGCAAUCAUCAGGAGGGACUCCUUCUUCAAUGGCUUGACACAGGAAUGCACUGGGAGCAGUUCAAACAUCUUUAUAAGCAGCAUUUCAAAUGUCCCGAUUGCCAGUCUGGCGAAAAUGGAGCAAACAUUGAUGGAAUUCAGCAAAUCGUCACGUUCAAGAAUGUUUUGUGCCCUCAUCUGCGGUACGAAUGCGGGAGCACGAAUGUGCGCUUCUCUGUUUGGCGUGGAAUGUUGGAACUACUGCAGAUUUUCCACGACACCCGGAAUAAUGUGAGAAAACUUUGGGAAAUGGGCUUGUUGCUAGGAUUCCUUGAGUUUGACGAGGUCGACAAACUUCUCGAGCAUCACAAAUCGGCUCUGAUCAUGAGGUUGUCAUUUGUCACUGGAGGCACAAUUUGUUUCACUGUGAAAUCCACGGCUCACACGCUAGAUCACCGCGCGACUCGACCAAUACACCUGGAGCCUCUUGACUUAAAACGCCUUCAGACCAAAUGCCUGAAGGAUUACCUAAGAGAUAUUGCGGAUGCUGAGAAGGUGAAGUACAUAGUUAGUGCUUCUCAUCAAGUAGUUCGCAUCACCGAGGUGCUUGCGCAACUCGGUGAAGGCGAGAAAGGUGGCGGCGUUGAGGCAAGUCGUGACAUCUCCAGCAAUGUUACUCACUCCGGAGACAUUGCUGCCAUGCAACACAUAAGGUUUACGGCCAUGCGGAUUGCUGUCGUGACAUGCAAGGUGAAGCCUCCAUCGGCUGACCAGCUGGAGGUGGAUGUGGAGAAUUCUCGUCGUGUACCAUCCGUUGUGCCGACACCACACGAUGAUUUUGUGCGUGAACUGGUUCAGCUAGCAGCUUUUCAUGGCAAAUCAAGACAGGAAGUUCUGGACAUUGUUGACUCAUUGUCCGACGAAUGUUUCACUCGCAAAAUGAACGGUUCGGCGUUUCAUGAAGCAGCUUCCCGUGCGGUCGUCUCCCCACAACCACCGAUGCAGAAUUUUACUCCAUCCUCUCAACUGCCGUCACCAAACGGAUCCACCACUCCAAUUCCAUUCAACUCAGUUUACGAGAAAUUCGAUUACGUGUGA